AUGCCACCUAAGCUGAAAGACCCAGGAAGUUUCUCCAUACCCUGCAAUAUAGGAAAAAUUUUCAUAGACAAAGCUUUAUGCGACUUAGGAGCUAGUAUUAGCCUAAUGACUUUGUCCAUCUGCGAGAAACUAAACAUGGGAGAUCUAAGACCAACCAAGAUGUCAGUACAACUUGCAGACCGAUAUGUCAAGUAUCCUGUAGGUGUUCUCGAAAAUGUACCCGUCCGCAUUGGACAAUUCUACAUCCCUACGGAUUUCAUAAUUAUGGACAUAAAGGAAGACGUCAAUACUCCUAUAAUCUUAGGAAGACCUUUCCUAGCUACCGCUGGAGCCAUUAUAGACGUAAAGAAAGGCAAGUUGACAUUCGAAGUAGGUGAGGAGAAGGUCGAGUUUAUUCUAACACAAUUCCUUCAAGCCCCAACUAUAGAAGAUACAUGUUAUCUGGUGGAUGUUAUUGAUGAAUGUGUAAGAGAGAUAGGACUAUCAGAAGAAUCUUACUCUGAAGUUAUAGACUCCGAUGCCCCUGAUUUUCGAAGAUGA